CCAAAGCGAGCGUGCAGAGCUGCGCAGCUUCUGUCUUCUGUUUUGGCACUUGGGGCAACGUCGCUUGUAGCUAGCUUCAUUGCAAAGAGAGUUUAAGUGGGCGCCAGUUCCUACACAGCGUUUUGCCUCAGGUUGCCUGAGACGCGACGCAGAGCCCGAGUUCCCGACGAAUCGAUACACGCGCCUUGGGCCGCUUGCACGGGUGUGUGUGAAAGCUUUCACCCGAUCCCUAACCGCAAACCAUGUCGGGACCGGCUGCGCCCUUGAGCGGGCCGAGCAAGGCGGUUGUGGAGGCCGUGUCCGGCUCCGUCGGCAGCGUACUUGCGCUUCUUGCGACUUACCCGCUCAAGACCAUCUACACGCUACAAGCCCUGUCCACGGGCAGCGGCGAUGCUGCUCCCUCAGUACCAACAGAUGAUAACAAGGCGCUAGCGGUUCUGCGCUUCCUGCAGACGUACAAGCUAUCCACGCUGUAUGCCGGCAUGGGGCCCAACAUCGUGGAGUCCGGCCUGUCCAGCGGCGUCUACUUCUUCUUUUACAGCGCACUGAAGGAGCGCGCAGUCGCCUGGCAGCGCGCCCGUGCCGCCCGCGCCGGCGCCAUCGGCGGCGGACCCGGUGGCGGCCGCGGCGACAACAUUGGUGUGGUGGCCUCGCUUCUGGUGGCCACUGCCGCCGGCGCCCUCAACCAGCUCAUCACCAUGCCCGCAUCAGUGGUGGCCACACGCAUCCAGGGCUACCAGAGCCUGCCUGGCGCCAAGGCGGGCGGCCGGCCGCCCAGCACCUGGGAGACCAUCACGGCUGUGUUCCGUGAGGACGGCCUGGGCGGCUUUUGGAAGGGCCUGCUGCCCUCCAUGAUCCUGCUGGCCAACCCGGCGGUGCAGUACAUGCUGUUCGAGAAGAUCAUGAACGCGCUCAAGGCCUGGAAAGUCCGCCGCCUGGCCGCUGAGGCGCGCGCCGCGGCGGCCGCCGCGAAGCAGGCGGAGCUGGAGGCGGAGGAGCACCGCGAGACGCGGGCGGCGCUGGCACGCCGCCGCAGCGCUGACUCGGAUGAUGCGAUGGACAGCGCGGUGGACGCCGCCGCGGACGCGGCGAAGCCGGCGGCACUUCUGUCAGCCGCUGACGUGAAGCUGUCGGCGACGGAGGUGUUCCUGGCGGGGGCGCUGGCCAAGAUUGGCGCCACGGUGGUGACGUACCCGCUCAUCGUGGUGAAGGCGCGGCUGCAGGCGUCGUCCAAGGCCGCGGGCUCCGGACCCGGCGGCGCGGCGGCGCGGCCGGUGAGCACGUGGUCCGUGAUUUCGGAGACGGCACGCAACGAGGGCCUGGGCGGCUUCUUCAAGGGCCUCCGCGCCAAGAUCCUGCAGACGGCGUUGAACGCCGCGCUGAUGCUGAUGCUCAAGGAGCAGCUGCACGACGUGACGCGCGCCGCGCUGUCGCUGCCGCUGCCGCGCCUGCCGGCACCGCCGCCCGCCAUGCCCAAGCUUGUAGCGCGGCCAGUGGCGCCCGCAGUCAAGGCGCCCUCGGCUGCCGGGUAAGGGUGCUGUGGUUGGACCAGCUGUUGGGAAAUGGCAAGUGGUUGGAGGCGCGCAUUGGCGUAUGCGCACAUAAUGCAAUAAGGCGAGCGUGUGGGUAUGGUUGUGAGGUAUGGUAGGCUUGACCGUCUGCCUGAUGCUUGUAUGCUGCCAGCGCUGAACGCUUGUAAUAUGUAGAGGCAGGACAAUGCGUAUGUGCUUGCUAUGUUUCAAUCUUUGUGUUUCAUGCUGUUUGAGUAUGUGAACUGACUCGUUUAUGGGGAGCGCGCUACUACGCAGCGUGUGCGCUGUGGCACCGCUGUUAGUGCGUCUGCCCCUGUUGGUGCUUCGGCCCUUGCGAGGUGACACAAGAGAGCGAAUGCCUCUCGGCAGAGCAAUACUCUGUAAUGGAGAAGCGAUGAGCUUGUUUGGCUUGCUGAGCAGAGUGCCCACAGCCUCAACCGCCAAGAGGCAUGAGCUGUGUUUUGUGUGGUGUGGCGAUGAUGUGUGUGUGUGUGUCAGAUGUGGCGUUGCCACACCCCUCCUUGGCACGCUGCCCGCAUAUAAUUGAGGCAUAUAGCAUGCGCCCCUUUCCGCCUAUGAGUGUGAAGGCUGUGGAGACUUCCAGAAGUGGAGGGUCUAGUGGAAAGAGCAUGAUGCGUUGCUGCGGAGGAGGCGUGUGUGUGACAUGACCGGGGGAGGACUCACAUACCUACCUGGAAUAGGUGGCUCAGACAGGUCUGGAUGAAUGUCAAGAUGCGGUACGAUGCUGCAGAUCAGUGUCUGACCGGGCAUGCAUGCAACGUGUGGGAGGAGAGCGGUUGUCGUGGGGAGAUAGGUCUCGGAAGUGUCGUCCGUGCACAUGAGGUAUGGCUCAUCAGCUGGGUUUUACAGUAGGGGCUUUAGAUAGCAGGGUUCGAGGCCACAGCGAUUCUGCUGUGAACGCUAAAUUUGGAGAUGAGUUUGGGUGAAUCUUAUGGCUGCGGGUUACUGCAUAACGCGGGGCGCAGGGCAGAUGCGUGUACGCAGGCCUUCAUGUAAUGCACUUGGUGAUUCUCCUUGGUCUUCGGCCAGGAGCCAGGAGGCAGCUAUCUCCUUGCUCCGAUGAGAGUUGAUCAGACUCAAUGAAUUACUGGGAGGCUUGACUUGGUCUGUAAUACGGUAGGGGA